AUGGAAGUUCAUGUAGUGAGUUCUACAGUCAUUCCCCAGAGCCUACCUCCCACCGAAACUACCAAAAUACCCCUCACCGUCUUUGACAUGGUCAUACCAAACAUGCAUGAAGCCGUGUUAUACGCCUUCAUGCCGCCGACACCAACAAACACCACUUUGAAAGAUGGCUUAAUGAAAGCUCUAAAGCUCUUUCCUACUCUAGCAGGCCAUCUCUCGGAGAACAAUGAUCGUCGCCGUCCAUAUGUUUCAGUUGGAGGCAAUGGUGGAGGUGUUCUGAUAGUAGAGACGAAUGUAGCAUUGGAAUUACUAGAUAUUUUGCCACUCGAACCAUCACCAAAGCUAUUGCAGUUGCACCCUCAAACCGACGUAGCCCAGCACUUACUCCAAAUCCAGUUCAACCGCUUUUCUUGCGGUGGCCUAGUGAUUGGAAUAACGAACCACCAUCGAGUGGCUGAUGGUAAAUCAAUGAGCUCCUUCUUUGUUACGUGGGCGAAGUUGGUUCGUGGGCUCCACAUAGACAGUGUGGAUUUCAUAUCAAAGAUCAAGGCUCAAAUGCCACGUAAACAUUCUACGUUCGAGAUUUUAGCGGCCCACCUUUGGAAGAAGGUAACAAGGGCUCGUGGCCUUGAUCUUGAUACGCUUACUGAGAUGAGUGUGGCCGUGAAUGGACGGUCAAGAUUGCGGCCAGCUGUACCAUCGGAGUACUUCGGCAACAUGGUCCUCAACACCAUCCCAAGAGCGCGAGUGAAGGAGCUGAAUGAAGGGAGCGUCGCGGAUGUGGCGCGAUUAGUGCAUGAUGCAGUGGGACGGAUCGGGAACGGGUAUAUCCGGUCAUUGAUCGAUUUCUGGGAGAUCAACGGUGGGGAUGAGUUGGUGUCCCUUGCAGAUGUUGAGGGGCCCGUUUUGUGCCCUAAUCUGGAAAUUGAUAGCUGGUUAGGGCUUCCUUUCCAUGAAGUGGAUUUUGGGGCUGAAGGUAGCUUAUGUGGUUUUCUUCCUUCAUGGGUCCCAGUAAAAGGUCUGGUGAUCUUGAAACCGAAUGUGGUUGGCAAAGGUGGUGUGGAUGCUGUGGUCGCUCUGUUCGAAGACCAUGCACGGCACUUCAAGCAGAUCUCUCAUUCCUUAGAUUAG